AUGCCGUGCAGCUGUGCGUCUGGUUGCCAAAAGUCAAAGAAUGGUGGCUCUACUCCGUCCAUUCGGGACCACGUGGCGGACUACUACGGCAAAACGCUUCAGUCAAGCGCCGACCUAAAGACGAGCGCUUGCAAGCUUGCCGCGGCUGUCCCGGAGAGCCAUCGCAAAAUCCUGGCGGAUAUCGCUGACGAGGUCCUGGAAAAGUUCUACGGUUGCGGGUCUACGCUCCCCGCUGAUGGAUCUCUCGAGGGCGCAACAGUCCUAGAUCUGGGCUGCGGCACAGGUCGCGACGUGUACCUCGCUUCAAAGCUGGUUGGCGAGCAUGGUAAAGUCAUUGGGGUGGACAUGCUCGAUAAUCAGCUUGAAGUCGCCCGGAAAUAUGUAGAAUAUCAUGCAGAAAAGUUUUUCGGUAGUCCGAGUCGGUCGAAUGUGCGCUUUCUCAAGGGUUUCAUCGAGAACCUAGCCACUGCGGAACCGGAAGGUGUUCCGGACUCCUCGGUAGAUAUCGUGAUAAGCAACUGUGUUUGUAACCUAUCGACGAAUAAGCUGGCGUUAUUCAAGGAGAUCCACCGUGUCCUUCGCGACGGAGGUGAGUUGUACUUUUCCGAUGUCUAUGCGGAUCGCAGGCUGAGCGAAGCUGCCCAACAGGAUCCGAUCUUGUACGGAGAGUGCCUUGGCGGUGCGCUCUACUUGGAAGACUUCCGUCGCCUCGUGGCUGAGGCAGGGUUCCGCGACGUGCGUUUAGUUUCGGUUGGUCCCGUCGAUGUAAGUGAUCCGCAGCUACGGAAGCUCGUACCGGACGUGCAAUUCUAUUCGUGCACGUUUCGAUGUUUCAAGGUCGCGACACUGGAGGCAACCCGAGAAGACUACGGCCAGUCAGCCACAUACUUGGGCGGGAUUGGAGAAGAAUUCAAGCUCGAUCGCUUUUUCACGUUCCCCAAAGAGAAACCUGUGCGUGUGGACCGCAACACCGCUGAGAUCAUCCGCCACAGUCGCCUUCAUCAGUGGUUCUCUGUGAGCGCAGAGCAACAGCACAUGGGAUUGUUCAAAGCAAACGAUUCUUACGCGUUGUUGCACGCACCACUGAGUAUGCAGGUUGAGCAGCUUGUCUGUGAAGUGAAGAAAGGAUCCACCGAUACCUGCUCGGAACAAGCCUCUGCAAAUGGUGCCUCUUGCUGUGCGACAGGGCGACGAUGCUGCUGA